UUUCGUGACUUUUGAACUCUGGAUAAAAACAAGCCGAUCAGCUGAUGUAAAAGCAACAACAUCUACAGUGGUCUGACACAGAAGAGCCCUGCAAGCUAACUUUCUUCACAACAUUAGCUGUAUGUGGCAGUCAGCUGUGUGCGUUAGACAGUAUACGUGUCCGGUUUUAGACUGUGUGGAGGCAGCCUUUUAGUUAGCCGUCGUCCGUUGGACUAGUAACCACUGCUAGGUCAGUCGACUGAAACGAAGGUUGUUUGUUUCUUCAGAAAGUGUCUUUCUUUGUGUCGGUUAGUGACAAAAUAAAACUAUUUAUUACUGAUUUUCAAAACGUGUUUUUUUAAGACAUUAUGGCUCACAUUGACAGUGCUACUUUAAAAUAGCAACUUGGCAUAAACAAGUUAGCUGCAGCAUUACCAAAACAAGACAGGGGAUGCAGGGCAGCUAAUGUUAGCUAGCAAACUGUUGUGCCAAAACAUAAAGUCAUUCACUUGUCUGAACAAGGGCGUUUAAAUGUAUAACUCUUCCCGUUAACUACUGACUGAAUAUCCUUAUUGGUAAGCAGUAAUAAGCUUAACAUUUCACUACUUUUUGACAGUAUUGUACUUAAGUUUUUGUUUAAAUUGCUCUUUACAGAGUUUGAACAAAGAUUGCAUCAAUUCACUUCAGCUCCUUAACUGAACCGACACGUUGCGUUUCUUCCGCUUGCUUUUAGUAACCGAGGGGUAUCCACUGACCUGUCAUUUCUUUUGACAUGAGUGGUCAAGGUCCAGCUGUAGAUAAAGGGAUGACCACAUUGCUAGGCUGUCAGGAGAGCUACGCCUGCGGGGGUUCAGACGAGGCUGCGUUUGAGUGCGAUGAAUGCGGCAGCCUGCAGUGUGCCCGCUGCGAGCUGGAGCUCCAUCGCCAGGAGAGGAUGAGGAACCACGACCGGGUUCGGAUCGCACCCGGCCACGUCCCGUUCUGUGACUCCUGCAAGGGGGACAGCAGCUGCCCCGUGAACGGUGGACGGCUCAGGGCGGUGGUGCGCUGCCAGGGCUGCAAGACCAACCUGUGUUUGGACUGCCAGAAACGCACCCACAGUGGGGUCAACAAGAGGAAGCACCCUCUGACUCCCUACCCUCCUGCAAUAGCUCCCCAGGACAACUGCCUGGCUGCAGGGGAGUCACACAUGGAGAUACUGAAGGCCGAGCUGGAGAAGGUGUCCAGCUUCAUCUUGGUGGACGAGAGGGAGGAGAUGCAGGUGAAGGAUGUGGAAGACUUUGUGAGCAGACUGCAUUGCAAGUCAGAUGAGCUCCUGAAGGUGGUCUCCAUCUUCGGAAACACUGGGGAGGGCAAGUCUCACACCCUGAACCAUACUUUCUUCCUUGGACGAGAAGUCUUCAAGACCUCUCCCACCCAGGAGUCCUGCACCGUGGGGGUGUGGGCCGCUAUGGACCCUGUGCACCGGGUGGUAGUCAUUGACACAGAGGGACUGCUUGGAGCUGGUAUGGGACCAACAAUGGGAGAGCUUAAACGGACAGUUCACCCAACAUUCAAAAGAGCAAAUCAGGGUCAGCGAACGCGCCUGCUCCUUAAAGUCCUGGCCAUCUGUGAUGUGGUCAUCUACCGAACCCAUGCAGACCGUCUCCAUGACGAUCUCUUCAAGUUCCUCGGCGAUGCAUCAGAUGCUUACCUGAAACACUUCACCAAAGAGCUGAAAGCGACCACCACCCGCUGUGGUCUAGACGUCCCCUUGUCCACUCUGGGCCCUGCUGUGAUCAUCUUUCAUGAGACUGUCCACACCAAGCUACUAGGAUCAGACAAACCCUCAGAAUCGGUGGAGCGUCUUCUCCAGGAGCGUUUCAGGAAGCUGGGUCUGUUUCCAGAAGCGUUCAGCUCCAUCCAGUACCGUGGGACUCGCACCUACAACCCUCCCACAGACUUUAGCGGUUUGCUUCUUAGCCUUGAGCAGCAGCUGGACAACAACACCACCCGCUCACCACGCUCCGCCAGCGUCAUCUACAAGGCCCUGCAGGCCCUGAGCGAGCGCUUUAGCGGGGAGAUAGCCGAUGAACACAUGGCCAGUAACUCGUUCUUUCCGGAUGAGUACUUCACCUGCUCCAGCCUCUGCCUCAGCUGUUGUUCAGGCUGUAAGAGAAGCAUGAAUCAUCUCAAGGAAGGACUUGACCACGAAGCCAAACAACGCUGCCGCUACUCUGCACAGUAUGACAACCGCAUCUACACCUGCAAGGCCUGCUAUGAAGGAGGGAAGGAGGUCAUAGUGGUUCCCAAAACGACAGCCUCGUCUGACUCACCGUGGUUUGGCUUGGCCAUCUAUGCCUGGUCUGGGUAUGUUAUCGAGUGCCCCAACUGUGCAGUGAUCUACAGAAGCAGGCAGUACUGGUACGGGAACCAGGACCCAGUGGAAACAGUGGUCAGAACAGAGAUCCAGCACAUCUGGCCCGGGUCUGACGGUUUUCUGAAAGACAACAACAACGCCGCCCAGAGGUUGCUGGAUGGAGUCAAAUACAUUUCUCAGUCAGUGUCGGAACUCAGCGUGAAGCCGGCCAAAGCCGUCACCUCCUGGCUCACCGACCAGAUCGCUCCCACCUACUGGACUCCAAACUCCCUCAUCACGAAAUGCACUAAAUGUGGGGAAGAGUUCCAGGCCAACGACACAAAGCACCACUGUCGUGCCUGCGGAGAGGGCUUCUGUGACUCCUGCUCCUCAAAAACCCGCCCGGUCCCAGAGAGAGGCUGGGGGCUCACGCCUGUCCGAGUCUGCGACGCGUGUUUCCACAACAGAGAAAUCUCCACUGAGUUACUGGACGCUGCCCUGGAGGAGGAGGGAGGCACCCUGAUAGCGAGGAAGGUGGGGGAGGCGGUGCAGAACACUUUAGGAGCUGUAGUGGGGGCCAUCGACAUCCCUCUGGGCCUGGUGAAGGACGCCGCCCGGCCGGCCUACUGGGUCCCAGAUCAGGACAUCCACUCCUGCAGCGAGUGCCAGAAGGAGUUCUCCCCGCGCCUCUCCAUUCACCACUGCCGCUCCUGUGGACAGGGCGUGUGCGGCGACUGCUCUCAGGAGCGCCGCCCCGUGCCCUCCCGCGGCUGGGACCACCCGGUGAGGGUCUGCACCGGCUGCAACCAAAAACCAGGGGAGCUCUAGCAGGACGAGGAGGAGGAGGCUGUUUGAGGACGCCUGUCAGAAAACUGGAAAUUGGCUAAAAGGCUUCAGUUCCGUUUUUGUCUCUUUUAGCGGCAUUUCUUGGCUGCCAAUAGACUGUCUGUGGCAGGUUUUUAAAACGAUUCGUCAGUCCCUUAAUGUUCUUUCACUUAAAUAUGCCUAUAUUUUACACUGUGAAGAAUGUCAGACAGAGUAAGACUUGAAUAUCAAGAAGGGAGGAGAGAUAAAACUGCUUGCUAGCGUUUUAUGAAAGUGAGUUUUAAGUGUUAAUGCUUACAAUUGAGUGCGGUAAAUAUCCAUGUACCCCUAAUCCUUUUCAAAUGUGUACUGAUGUACAACCCCUAUGACAAUCCCUCCCAGUGUGACCCACUAGUACUAUUAUAAUUAGUCUGGGGCUACAUGUGUGAACUGUUAGAUAAUAGAUGCGUCUUAAACUGAUCCCAGGUAAGCACUUUUAUCCUGAGAAUGUUUCCGCUGGAGCCCGUGGAUAUAGCACUUCAGAGAAACCCUGAAAGAAUGAUCCACCAAAAUGAAUUAUGGUCCUUUUUAAAUGGAGUAGUUUCCCUCCUCUUCUUCAAGAGGAUUAGAACAAUCAGAAGCCAAUAAUGUACUGUAGCAUCGAGAUGCAUUCCUACUUAUAGAAUUACUUAACUUCUUAUAUAAUAAGAUUUGAAUGGGCAGAUCAGAACAGCCUUAAUAACGCUGUCCACAUUGUUUAAAUGUAACAUAGAAUAUACAUAUAAGGGGAAAAAGUUUACUCUAAUAGGGAUAUUUUUUUGAAAGGCUUGUGUUGUUUUUAUGUUGAAGUACUAUUUGCUUACAAUACACAUCUGAUGAACUGCAACAGGAACUGAUUUUAUAGAGUGGCUGGCUCACAGUAGCAAUAUGGAACAGAACAAAAAUAACUUGAAAACAUCUUUGAGGCUGGCCCCUCAAAACAAGGAAAAUAUUUAGAGUGUUUACUCUGUCUAAUCAGGCUGUGUAGCUAGGAGCAACGUUUGAGACUGUACUGUACAAUUAUCUGACAAAGACAUCAUGAGGAUGCAGCUAGGGCUUCCGACUGAACACUAAGGGGUUGUGAGGACUGGAUUUUAUUUUUUAAGUGACUGAUUGGGAGAGUUGGCUACCAAUUCCACAAAUAAGCUGAAUUAAUAGGAAUCGUAUUACUGUCCCUGUCUCAGAGAAAGAUGUUCAAUGAAUACAAAAUAUCAAAAGGAACAAAUCAAUACCUUUAUGCACAUGUAUGCUCAUACAGUAUGUAAUAAACUGCAGAAACUCA